AUGAAGCUCCUACUGCUAGCUAUCUUCCUGGUGACUCUGGCCUCGGCCCAGAAGUACACGACCAAAUAUGACAACAUUAAUCUGGACGAGAUUCUGUCCAACAAGAAAGUCCUCAAUGGGUACUUGAACUGUGUUAUGGAUAAGGGAAGGUGUUCUGUUGAUGGAAAGGAACUAAAAUCUCAUAUAGCAGACGCCCUUCGCACCGGGUGCAAGAGAUGUACCGAGUCGCAAAAGCGGGGUACAACCAAGGUUAUCAGGCAUCUCAUCAAGUAUGAAAAGGAGGCCUGGGUCAGCCUUCAGAAGAAAUACGAUCCCACCGGCACUUACGCUAAGAAAUAUGAGAGAGAACUCAGAGGAAUAUAG